ACCAUCUUAUACACAGCAGCUUCAUCGUAAUGGCCGCCGUCGGUCGCAAUGAUUCCUUCCUGAAUAUCAUUCAUUUAUGUUUCUUCCUCCUGGUAGUUCUAAUAUCAGCAAGCCGUAGCAAGGCUGUUACUAACGUUUUGCUGACAGGGCAGACCCUCGAACCGCAAGCCAAGCUCAGCUAUGCGGACUCCGGCGUCAAUUUGUUAAUGCGGCAUGACUGCUACCUAGUUUUGUCUGACCGCCACGGCAAGCCCAUCUGGUACUCAAAAACUUCUGUCCUCGGCGGCCAAAACUGCUUCCUUUCCUUAACCGACAACGGCCGCCUUGUCGUCCGCAACCCUCUUGGCCAUCAAGUGUGGAUAAGCUCCAAUGCCAACUCUAAGGUCGGCAAAUAUAUUGCCAUCCUCCUCCCUGAAGGAAAGGUAUCUAUUUACGGCCCAGAAGUAUGGUCUGUACGGGCGGCGGAAAGCAUAAGCAGCAGCAGCAGCAGUAAUAGCAGCAAUGAGAUGGUCUCCUCGAUGAAAAAUCUACAGAAUUGUACUCCGUUAGUUUACAACGUGCUAUUCUCCGGCCAGGUGCUGUACAACGAUGGCAAGCUCACCGACGACGGAUACAAUUUCAUCAUGACAAAAGAGUGCGAGUUGGUUCUCCAGAAGGGCAACGGGGAUAUCUUGUGGCGUACGAGGACAACAGGUUUUGGAGAAAAUUGCUUUGCUAGGCUAAAUCACAAGGGAGGGCUAGAAAUCAAAGAUGAUGAAUACAGAACUGUGUGGAGAAACUCAGAGACGAAGAGGGGGCAAGUUGGCGAGUACGUGCUUGUCAUGCAGAAAAAUGGUAAUGCGGUCAUAUACGGGCCAAAGGUUUGGUCUACUGCGCAUGCGCUGGACGACCUUAUUGAAAUGCUCACUGCCGAGAAAUAGACCAAUGAUGUACGAACCUCGUUGGGGUUACAUUACAUAUAAUAACGCAUCAAAUAUCUGAAAUCUCAUCUUUGGCGCUUAUAUGCUAUGUAUUAUUAUAAGUGAAAUAAAUAAAUAACGCCAAGGUUUUUGUUUU